AUGUCCGCCGUUACGGCUUUGUUCCUGAUCCUCCUAUGGCAGACUUCCUUUCUUCACAAUGAAGCUGCCUUGGUGGUUUUUGCUCCAUCACCACAAAGAGCCCAGCUGGGAGAAAACAUGGUGUUGCCAUGUUCCUUCAGAGUGGAUGAUAAUCCAAUAAACCUUCAGUACCUCGCCAUUUUGUGGCUUUUCCAGGGCAAUGAGAUUCUAAGGAUUGACAACAAGGGAGAAUUGUCACAACCAAGAAUGUUUAUCAAUAAACAGGACAUCACCAAAGGAAUCGCUAAUAUGGAAAUUAAAAAUGUCACCAUCUCUGACAUUGGAAAAUAUCGGUGUAUGGUAAUCUACAGUCCACAAAAGGAAUCCAGAGACAUUGACCUCAGUGUUUAUGCAACUCCAUCGGUGGUGAUUGAGCAGGUGGAGAAGGAGGACAAGAUGAACAUUGCACUGUGCUCAGUGACUGGUUUCUACCCCAGAGAUAUCUCAGUGGAAAUGCUACAGGACCGCACAAUCAUAGAGGACUCAGUACUGUCUGAAUAUCACACAAAUGCUGAUGGUACUUACUCAGUUAACUGGACAUGGAAGAUACCAACCGAUGUAUCGCCAAAAAUAUUGUCCUGUUCAGUCCAUCAUGAAACACUCACAACUCCAGUACAAAAAGACCUUCAGUUGAUUUAUCAAGGAAACAACGAUAAUACAGGCGUGGUGGUGGGCUGCAUUGUUGGAAUUAUCAUUAUUUUGAUUCCGGUCGCUGUUUUAUUUAUAUGGUAUUGCAAAAGGAAAUCAGAUCAUCAGAAGUUUAUGAUGAAAGAUAUUGAGUGUCCUAUAUGGAGUGAUGGUGAGAAGACCACACUGAGUUGUGAAGCUUUUAACUGUACUGGGGAUGUCACGAUGACUUGGGUCAUCAAAUUUAAAGAUGGCACCCAGCAUGAGGUCUCCGACACAGGAUCAAAUGAUAACGAGGAGGAUCAACCACUAAUGUCCAGAGAGUACCAGGUGACAAAG